GGAGCUCGCAGCAUCGGCUUCCAUCUUCCUCGCCAUCUCCUGGCGGCUCCGACUGGUGGUGGACACCGGCAGAGGCCGACUGGCGACCGCCAAGGAUGCUGUAUUCCCUGCUCCUUUGUGAAUGCCUGUGGCUGGUGGCUGCUCGUGUUCCUGCUGCUGCUCAUGACGAUGACUGGAUAGACCCCACAGAUAUGCUUAACUAUGACGCCGCUUCAGGAACAAUGAGAAAGUCUCAGGUGAAAUAUGGGAUGCCUGAGAAAAAGGAUAUUGAUCCCAAUUUACCUGAUACUGAUGAGUUGUCAAAAUGUUACAAGAGCCUGGACUCUUUAGUGUAUCAGGUUGAGGAAUGUGAAAAACAAAAGAGGAAGGACUAUGAUAGCCAAAGUAAUCCUGUGUUUAAGAGAUACCUAAAUAAGAUUUUAAUCGAAGCCAGAAAGCUCGGACUUUCUGAUGAUCAGAAAGACGAUUUGCAUUAUGAUGCGGAGAUUAUCCUGAAAAGGCAAACAGUAUUAGAAAUACAGAAGUUUCUCAAUGGAGAAGAAUGGAAAUCAGGAGCUUUGGAUGAUGCACUAAGUGAUAUUUUGAUUAAUUUUAAGUUGCAUGAUUUUGAAAAAUGGAAGUGGCAAUUUGAAGAUUUUUUUGGAGUGGAUCCAUAUAAUGUGUUGAUGGUGCUGCUGUGUCUGCUGUGCAUCGUGGUGUUAGUAGCUACUGAGCUGUGGACAUACAUUCGUUGGUACACCCAGUUGAGGCGCAUCUUAUUCAUCAGUUUCCUCUUCAGUUUGGGAUGGAACUGGAUGUAUUUAUAUAAGCUCGCUUUUGCACAGCAUCAGGCGGAAGUUGCCAAACUGGAGCCAUUAAACAACGUAUGUGCUGAGAAGAUGAACUGGGCUGGCAGUCUCUUUGAAUGGUUUAGAAUUUCGUGGACUUUUAAGGAUGACCCAUGCCAAAAAUACUACGAGCUCCUCUUAGUCAACCCCAUUUGGUUGGUCCCUCCAACAAAGGCACUGGCAGUUACCUUCACCAACUUUGUCACGGAGCCUUUGAAGCACAUUGGAAAAGGCAUGGGGGAGUUUAUUCGAGCACUCAUGAAAGAGAUACCAGUGUUGGUGCAGAUUCCAGUGCUGGUAGUUUUGGCGUUGGCACUCCUGAGUUUCUGCUAUGGUGCUGGAAAGUCAGUCACUCUGCUAAGAUACCUGGGAGGCCCAGAGCGAGAACGACCUCAGGCCCUUGAGUCCGGCCCUGGCCAUGGAAGGCGACUGAAGGAGAUUGAGUCCAGAGACCCCGGGGGAGCAGGUGAUGCACCUUUCCAUUACAGGGGCCACACCGACCCCCGGGAGCCAGGCCCUUAUGCAAAGACCUAUGAGGGUAGAAGAGAGGUUUUGAGAGACAGAGAUGGUGACUUGAGAUUUCGGCCUGGCACCAAGAGCCCUGAAGUGCUUCGUGCAUUUGAUAUACCAGACGCAGAGGCGAGAGAGCAUCCCCAGGUGGUGCCCAGUCAUAAUUCACCUGUUCUGGAUACAAAGGACAAAGAGAAUGGAAAGCUGAGAGAAAGCAGUGCAGAGAGCAGCCAGCUGGCCAAGCCUGUCUCCAGUCCUCAUCCCACGGAGUGUGAAAGUUCCCCCCUGGUGGAGAAGGCCCAGCUCAGGACUGACGCCAGCAGCAGCAGCCCAGAGGCAGGGACUAUCCUCGGGCCGGCGAGUGUGGCCAUAGAAACAUGCGGAGAGCAGCUGGACGGAGGCCUUUGUGGCUAGAUAGAUGCUCAGACACAGAAGAGGCCCAAGAUCGCCUUUGAGUUUUGUAAAGUAUAUAUAUAUAUAUAUGCUCUCUGCAAAUGUUUUCUUAUCUGCUUACCACCCAGGGGCUAGUUUACACAUUCGUAUUUUCACUGACAAUCUGAGUGAGAAACACAUGUAUGUCACAAACUUGUCUUGGAUACUCAUUUUUUAAGGUGUUAUUUUGGAUCAGGAUCUCAGAUAAACAAGUGACAUCACUGAUUCUGAAAAACUAAGGAUGUCCAUUUGAACGGACACACUGAUUGCUGCCGUUUGUUAAUCAAGUCACACAGAAAUGUGCGCCACUGUGGUUGGCAUAUGCCAUGCUGGUGUCAAUUUAUUAAGGGAUAUUGAAAAAGUUUUAUUUGUAGGCACAUAUAUAGGAACUGAUUCGCAGAAGUGUGUGUUUCCUAAUGAGGUACUACAAUACAGUAUGUUAGUUAGUUCCAUUGAGCUCCAAAUGUUUGAAACUGUGUUCAUUGUUUGAGCCACACCCAGCAGUGCUCAGGCUCUCUGCUUAGAACUGGGUAUAGCAGGAUAGUGCCUUAACCCCCGUACUAUCUGUGUCCCUAAAAAGUUUGUCAGGAAAGUCCAUUACAGCCACACUUAACGUUUUCAUGCCUUUCUAUAUGGGAACAUCACCACAGAAGCAGUAUCAUCUCUGUGAAUGAGUCUCUAGAGGCUGCCAUAGAUCUGUGGGCUUUGCAGUUU